AUGGGGGAUGCUCAUCAGACAAAGACCGGCUAUGAGAAAUUUUCGUUCACCAACUCUUAUAAGAUCUCACAGCUGCUCGGCUCCGGAGCGUAUGGAAAAGUUUUCAAAGGAACUGCUCCAAAUGGCACCACCGUGGCCUUGAAGGAGAUUAUUUUAGAGACGACAGAUGAAGGAAUCCCCUUGAGUACUUUGCGAGAGCUAAGUGUGUUGAAGAAAGUACAGUCAUAUAAUUCCAGCCACUUGGUCCAGAUGUUGGACAUUUCGCUGACAAAGAAGCAAAACAAGCUGCAUAUUUAUAUCGUGUUCGAAUUUGUGGAAUGUGAUCUAGCACGUUUUCUAUCCCAUCAUGUCCCGCCGACUGGUUUGCCGCCGGACACCAUUCGGGAUUUGGCGGAACAGUUGUUACGAGGCACCGACUUUUUGCAUUCACAUCGAAUCAUACAUCGUGACCUGAAACCGGCUAACAUCCUUAUCGACCGCGAGGGUCGUCAGUUGAAAAUUGCCGACUUUGGCCUAUCACGGGUACUCGGCUGGGAAUCUCGAUUGACCCCGGUUGUUGUCACCUUGUGGUACAGAGCACCUGAAAUCUUACUGCAGUCAGAGUAUCUUUCACCAUGUGAUAUAUGGGCGGUGGGGUGUAUCAUUGCUGAACUAUUCAAUUGCAACGCUUUGUUUCGUGCGGAUACUGAGUUGAAACUGCUGAGUUUGAUAUUCAACAUGCUUGGCUUUCCAGAUGAAGCUGAUUGGCCGGCUCACUCACACCUAAAACGCAAGGAUUUUAAGGUUAGUACACCCAAAGAGUCCAACCUGAGAAACUCCAUCAAGACAACAGAUGUGGCUGCGCUGGAUUUGCUGGAAAGGAUGAUCCAGUUCAAUCCAAAGAAGCGCAUCCCAGCAUGUGAAGCCUUGUCAAUGCCAUACUUCCAUCCUCGCCCCAACACGUUUCCGGGCCUACCGUUCCAUAGUCGUAGUGUGGUUGGCCUGUCUUCUCUGGUCGAUGGAUGUGCGACUGGGUCGAAUUUAUUGUUGCGUCCGCAUCGACAUUCUGCUAUGCCUUCGCAUUCGGUACAACCGUCUGCAGUUCGGACAGUUGCCGGUACAUCCGCCCCGAAUUCCAUUCCGCUCGGCAACAUGAAAAGCACACAUCGACCAGUUGUAUGUACUUCGGUCGCUCAAAAUGGACUGGACUCUCGAAUGAUAACUACCGCUCAUGGUGAUAGCACAUUGGUACCAUUUACAAUAACCUGCAAUCAACCCGCGUCUUCGUGCAUGCCAGCAGUUUUGCAAUCAGAACAGCCCACCCCCGUUAGCGAGGUUGAUCAACACCAACAAAAUUUGAUGAUGUCGGUCGUCAAACAUGCCAUUGAGGAUUCUCAAACGCCGUCACCUUCGUGCUCAACUUCGGAGACACCACCACCUCCAAAAACUCCCCCGCAGCGCCCCGUAACCAGGCAACAGACACGUGCCACGCGUCGCCAUACUCAACCAACUGUUUCCUUGAGUUCCGCUGUUACUCACCCUACGGCCAAAGGUGAUUUUGCGCUCCACCAGGUGAUCCAGGCAGCAUCAACCAGAGUUUCUAGUUUGGCAGUGGCUACCCAUUCUGAACAAAACGUUACGUUUACCGGAUCUGUUGUUCGUACUCAGACAAGUUCUACACUCGAUAGCACUAAUAAUCGAGGAGGCAGACAGCGCAAAACAGCCAGACGACGCACUGUUACAGGCGUGGGUGCUCGUUCUUCCAAAACCGCAAUCGGUCCACAGACGAUGCAGUUGGGUAACAGGUCAAAUCGCACUUUCACAAUCGGUUCAUCUGGAUCAGUCGCCUCAAAUGUACAAAGUACUUCCUCGGUAAUGUCGUACACUGAUCGUGUCCAACCGGAAUUUUCAGCGCCUCUACAGAGUCAACAGUAUCAUCGCCGUUUGACAAAGCUAUUGGACCAACACCAACUGAGGUAUUCGCAUGGUUUACAACAAACUCAUCGCCCUAGUCCAUGUCGUUCUGGUCGCUAUUCGAUGGAACCCUCGCUGUCAUCUCAUGUACUCAUGCCCAUCUCGGAGCAACGUCUGGCGAGUAAGGCGUCCCUAAAUUUCAGUGGGAGACCAGACAACGACUUGAAACAAUUUCCUGAGCCGCUAGAGGAGAGUCCAGUACGAUUGACAAGUCCGGAUGAAAACAUCUUAUGCUCCCCGUCUAAGCAACCACGAGUGUCAUUCUGNCCGCUAGAGGAGAGUCCAGUACGAUUGACAAGUCCGGAUGAAAACAUCUUAUGCUCCCCGUCUAAGCAACCACGAGUUGUCAUUCUGUCUUCUCGGAAUGCCGAGCAACAAAGGUUGAAAAACAACACACCAAGCAACUGGUCAGUGCUCACUGAUUUCAGCGAUCAAAGUGCACUGGCCGAUGACGAUGACGUGGGUGGUGCCACAGACACAGAAGACUCUGACAGUCACGUCGUAAACACCAGUCUCGGCAUCAAUUCCGCUAUGACCGGGUUGGCUUUGGUUCAUCGUAACAAUUCAUCUACCGGUGGCCUAUGACCCAUUUCCACGACACUCAACUAUGUUUCUGGUCCAUUCUAGUCCAUUCCGCAACUCCCGGUUUUGCUCACUGACACGGUGGUGUCGCGCAUUUUGCCCAUUCAGCACGUUUUUUUUACCUUCAUACGUCUGUUUUCUGGUGAACGUGACCGUUUUCACAUCUUCCUGGUUUCCCUAUGCAUUUGCACAGCCAUUUCGCUGACAGCUUUCGAUGCAUUUAAUCUCAGGUCGAGAAGAGCUUCGUACGUAUGACCGUCGCCACUAUUUUUCUAAAUGUUUGCAAGACUUUUUGAUAGAAUGCGAUUUUUUUGUUAUUAAGUAGGCGUAAUAAUUAUAUAUUUAUGCGAACUUCACAACUGGAGUUAUAAUAUGCGUAGUGGUGCGUGGGAACUUUCGGGGACAACACCGAGUAGCCUGUGAGCCUUCACCAUAGUGGAUUUCGUGACUGCCCUCCUGGGGGUUGACUCGUCCGGAUACCUGAUCGAU